AUUGUUCUUGGCACAUACCAUGAGAAAGGAGCAGGGAUGUACUGGGGGACAGUGAACAAGCUGCCACUACAAGGAAAUCAUAUAAUAUGUUGGAAAUUCUGUCAUAUUCUCCAUAAAAUAUUGAGAGAUGGACAUAAGAUGGCAAUUGUUGAUUCCUUGAAGUACAUGACUCACUUGACAGAUCUGGGAAAACUGUGGGGCCAUUUAAAAGAAGGCUAUGGUAAAUUGAUUGGUGCCUAUACCAAACUGCUGGUGCAAAAAUUGGCAUUCCACAAAAAGAACCCUAACAUUCCAGGGAAUUUGGUGCUUACAGAUCAGCAGCUAGAUGAGAUGGCUGGAAGAGAUCCAAAUGGAUAUUUUGAGCUGAGUGUGGACAUGCUAGAUUACAUGGAUGAGAUUCUGAGUCUGCAAGCUGCAGUGUUUAAUUCCCUGGACAUGUCUCGUUCCAACUCAAUGACCAACACAGGCCAGUGUCGCCUGGCACCUCUGAUCCAGUGUAUACAGGACUCCUGUGCUCUGUAUGACUAUAUAGUAAAACUGCUAUUCAAGCUCCAUGCAGUGAUCCCUCCAGAUACACUUAGUGGACACCGGUCAAGAUUUCUAAAGCAGUAUGGUCUGCUGAAGACCUUUUACCUAAGCUCUGGAAACCUGCAAUAUUUCAAGACACUUAUACAGGUACCAGUGCUACCUGAGAAUCCUCCCAACUUCCUCAUUGCCUCAGACUUAGCAAGUCAUGUGACACCAAAAGUAGUUCUUCCCCCAGAGCCAGAGAUUGAAACUCCAGAGGUGGAGACUGUGACAGCAGACCUAGUGGACACCACUGUACAACAGUCGGAUAAAUUUGAUGAAGUGUUUGGCACUAACCUUGGUGAUUUCAACUUCUCUGGUCAGAAUGGGACACCUUCUCCUCCAGUUCCUGAUGAGAGGGAUCAGUUAAUACAGCAGUUGAUGGCAGAGAUUGAAAGGCUAAAACAAGAAAAUGCUAGAUUAAAAGAAAGGGCGGAAGAAGCUAUUGGUAUUCUGAAGCAACGUAUAGCUGAUCUAGAAGAGCGUUUGGAAGAAAUGAAAAAACAGGUGCAGGAAGCUGAGCAAGAAAAGGAAAACAUGAAAUCCCAGUUAGAAGCCUCUGCCAAAGAUACAGCAGCAGUUGCCAAGUUAGAAGAAAUGGAAAAGCAUGCCAAAGCUAGUGAUGAGAAAUUUAAAAAAAUGAAAGACAUAUAUGGAAAACUGCGAGAGGAGCAUGUCACACUGAUUAGAUCAUUUGCUGAAGUUGAAAAGCAAGUAAAAGCUGACAAAACGGUCAUUGAAGAAAAAGAACAAUCAAGAAAGGCAUUAGAGCAGGAGUUAGAGCAAGUGAAAAUGGAACAGCAGGUGUUUUCCGAGAGUCUUCAGAAAAGUGCUGAUGAUGUGUCCUCUCAGCUGGCAGCCACUGCUGCGCUCAAUACAAAGUUGGAGCAGGAGAAACAAUCUCUAGAGGAACAAAUGGAGUCCUUGGAUAAAACCAAGUCUAGUUUAGAGUCAUCACUCAGUCAGCUUCAGUCAGAUCUUGCAUCAUUACAAGAACAAUUGGACCAAGCUAAAGCAGACAAAGAAACAACACAAAAUCAGCACAAAAUAACCUUAGGAGAAAUGGAACAGAAAAUGUUAGAUCGUGCCAUAACUGAGGGAGAAGCCAUACUUCAGGAUGCCAUUGACCAGUUUGACAGCUCUGCCCACAACUCUGUGAUGGGAACUGCAGAGUACCUCUUGAGUCGAGCUGAACCAGUUCUUCCCUUACUAGCAGAAUUCAAGCAAAGCAUCAAGGGAUAUGGAACUGAUAAGGCUUUAUUAGACAAACUAAUCCACGGCAUCCUAACUUGCUCCCAUGGUCUUGGGGAGACCAUUGUACAAGGAAAGUCAACAUCAAAUUCUGCAUCAAAUGUGGAACAGGGGGAUGAAUUGAUAAAUGCCUGUCGGGGAGCUGGAGAGGAAGGUCUACAAGUGUUAGAAUUGUUAAAGAAAGGUGCCUUAGAUGAUGCUAGUUCUCAGCUGGACAAGGUGACAGAGUCGGUACAGAAGAUCAUGCAGCUGGGAGAGACUCUGCUUCCUAAGGUAGAGGA